UCUCUCUCUCUCUCUCUCUCUCUCUCUCUCGCUCAGUGUGCGCUUGUCGGCUCCAUUUUGAGCUCCCUUCCUCAAGAUCGUCACUGACCCUCCUGCUCUCUCCCUCUGAUCCCUCGUUUCCUGGGUUCGAUUCGCUUCUUGCUCCUUCCUGGCCACUUGGGUCCGGCAGAUCUCGCCGCGGGAUCGCUUCUUGGUCCCCCGAUCCCCGGGGUGGUCGCGUCUCGCCGGUCGCCGGAGGGGGGGUGUGUUUCCUGGUGCUUCGCCGGCGUCCGGGAGCUGCUAGAUCUUGCCGAGGGCCGACGCAAAUGCCGGAUCCGGGCGAAAAGGGAUCGGCGGAUUGUUCCGACGGAGCUUCGGCGGACGGGAAGAAGACCUGCGCCGAUUGCGGGACCUCCAAGACGCCUCUCUGGCGCGGCGGCCCAGCUGGCCCUAAGUCUCUGUGCAAUGCGUGCGGGAUCAGGAGCAGGAAGAAGAGGCGGGCGGUGAUCGGCCUGAACAAAGUCGGGGUGGAGAUCAAGAAGGCGAAGCGCAGCAGCAGCAGCAACGGCGGCUCCCUGAAGCGUAGGGUCUUGGCCUGGGGACGAGAGGUGUUGAUGCAGAGACUGAGCGACGAGAGGCAGAGGACGAAGCUGGGAGAGGUGGAGCAAGCCGCCGUGCUCCUGAUGGCCCUGUCGUACGGCUCCGUCUACGCCUGAGAUUCCAUUAAAGAUUUAGGAAUAAGCCGAAAGAAAAGCUAUUCAAGUUUCGACCUUUCCUCCUUCUAGGGUUCCUUGUUUUUUUUCCGGGGUGUCUGUCAACUUUGUAGGCGGGGUGGGUGGAGAUCGUCUUGUUCUUUUGUAAUCUUUGAUUUUAGAUCUGAUGAUGAUGACUAACUGUUCUUGGGAGUAGUAGAUGGGUCGGUCGUUGAGUGUAACAUGUAGCAGCAGGGCAAAAAGAUUCUGUAUUGUGCUAACAAUUUUUAUAUGAUGUUUCUUACAUUUGUUUC